AUGGCUGACCAGGAAGGUGCACGCGAUGGCUAUGACCCGGAGGGGCCUGGCGGCGCGGACAACGCAGGCGAGGCGGCCCAGGCGGGCUCUGCUGCAAGUGACGCACCCCAGGCCAACCAGGCCUCAGAGCUUGGUGCACUCAGAGCACUGCAGCCGCCACCGCUCUUCCAAUUCACCUUCAUCGUGCCUUUCUUGCUCACAGUGGAGGCUGAGAUCGGCUGGCGUUUCCUGCUCAUGAACGCGCACCGGGUGGGGCCAGCCCACAGGCAGCUCCAAGUGACCGGAACCAUCCUCACUGUCCGUCUGUCCGCUGAAAACGCCAUGCAACUCCAGACCUCCAUCAUAGCCUGUGUCGACCUGCUCUCCGAGGUGGUGCGGGCCAUGCAGCACUGCUGCAUGCCUCCAGGUUUUUCUAUGCCCCAGAAAAGAAGAAGGAGCUGA